AUGUUGCCUGCCCCCACAGAAGCGUGUCAGCUGGACAGGAGGUACUGGCUCAUCACCAAUGCUGAUGGCUGGGUCGAUCAGGUGGAGGGGCCGGGUGUCGUAGGUGAGUUUCCCAUCCUGAGACCAGGCACGACGUACGAGUGGACAAGCUGCACCACCUUUAACACACCCACCGGCACCAUGAGGGGAUACUUCACCAUGCACUACCUAAAAACAGGUCAGCCCCUGAAGGUGGAGUGUCCAGAGUACCACAUGCACGCCCCUCCUACAUGCUCAGCUGGUGACAGGAGGCGUAUCAGUUCGAUCCCCAGCCCGGAGGAGGAGGAAGUGAUGCGUGAGGCGACGGUAACCGGCGCGCAGCUCCGACUGAACGGCGCCCCCUGUCACAGCGUGGUGGACUCGGAUGAGGAACCAAUGACAAGUGAGGAGCGACAGAACCCGGACUCCUGACUAGCGUGUCUUGUGCAGACCUCGCCCUCAGUCUGGGCGUACGGGGACUGGCACAGCAAAUAGCAAAUACAUUAA